UACCUACAAAUGUAUUUUCGCUUCUCGCUUUAAUUCAGAUUUUCGAAAAAACAUUUUCACAAACAUUGGAAGGAGAAGCCUAUCAUUACUGUUCGAUUCAGUACAACAGCACUGUCAGGGGCAGUGGCUCAGCACGUUACCAAAGUUGUUAAAUAUCUCCGCUUGUAAAGCUGGCCCGCGUUGUUGCCGACUAAGCUGCAACAGUACUACCGCCGUCUGGCAGACGCCACCGCCCCACUCACAGAUUUGGCCAACAUGUCACGUAGUGUGCGCGCCGAGACACGCAGUCGCGCUAAGGAUGAUAUCAAGCGCGUCAUGCAGGCCGUGGACAAGGUGCGGCACUGGGAAAAGAAGUGGGUGACCAUUAGCGAUACGACUAUGAAGAUCUACAAAUGGGUGCCCAUUUCGUCCAACAGCGAGAAAAAGACAAAGCUACAGCUAAACAACAAGAUCAGCGACAAGGAGAAUUCCCAGAAAGGCACACCCACUCCGCCGCAAAUAACGCCCAGCUACGCCGGCCUCACUGCCGAGGACUCCAAUACUUGUUUCUCAGUGGUAAGCGACAGUCAGGGAGCUGAUUUCGUGUCCAGCAUGCCCUUCUCGGAGGACUCCAAUUCCCAGGGAAGCGACGGGCCGGUAAAGCGGCUAAAAACGAGUGAUUAGCUAGACAUGCACAUUCACACCACAUAUAUCAGCUAAGUACAUUGCACACACCCAUGCAUUGUAGUGUGCCAGCGUGCUGUGAGUGUGUGUAUAUGUGUGUGUGCGCGUGUGCGCGUGUGGAUGGCGAUGUAAUUUAUAUUUUUUUCUUAAAGAUCUAAGCUAAAAAUUACGUUUAUAAGUAAGACGAUUAUCAUCUGCCUCACCAAGACUUAAGCAAUUCUCCUAAAAGUCUAAACAUAAGUAAAUACAACCUAAUUACAUACAUGUAACUAUGCAUAACUCUGAUUGUAAACAUAUAAAUAAUAGUAUAAUACACAUUUAUGAUGCAAUCCUUUAUGCACAUAGUUUAGCCUAAGACAGUCUUUUUGUAUACUGUAAAACUAACGUUGUAAUCGAGCGAACUAUUUGUCCCUUAUGUCUAGGCCGUAGUAUUUAGCACAAAUAAUUAUAUCAAUUUAUUUAUUUGCACAAACAAUAAAACAAACAAACAAAAAGUAAUCGCUGACUGCUUCCAACCCGGAAUUCCAAUUAAGCUUUAACUGUGAAUCAAACCUUAAAAAACAAAUUAGUCCGAAACAAUUGAAACCGAACCAAGAAAUGGCUCGGUUCUACAUUAAAAAAAAACUUUCGAUUGAGAGCCAGUCGCAAAGUGUUAAGCCCUUUGGCCCCUUUGGCAUUUAUCUAAACAUAUUUGAUAGAUACCAAUUAUGGGUUGUGUUCAAAUUUAGCCCGCAUCUUGUGUAUGAAAAUAUUUAAAUAAUGUAUAAUAUUUUCAGUGCAGGGGGCAAUUGUAAAAUAACUCAAACCGAUGAUGGUUUUUUUUUUUUACAUUUUUCUUUUAUUAUUUUUUAUUUUAGUUUUUUCUUUAGUUUUUCUUUUUGUAUAAUAAAAAAAAAAUUAAUUUCAUUCAACAAAUAGUUUUCUUUCACUUGACAUUAAAUAUACAUACUCUCUUCAUAUCUUUUCACAUUAUAUAUAUAUAUAUAUAUAGAUUUAUAUAGAUGUAAGGCCAGCCAGGUUGUCUAAUAGGCAGAUGCCAUCAACUUGGUUGGAAAAGCGUACAUAUACAUACAUAUUUAGUUCAUCUUUUUUUAACUAAAAUUUAUGCUAAAAACACGCUUAACUGAAAGGAAGCACAGAUUUGCACGAUUUACAAAACUUUUGAUCGA